UCCACCUAUUUGUAAUUAUAUUUUUUACUUUGUUGUAUUAAUAAAACUCUUUUAAAUAAAUAAAAAAAAUGGCCGACGUUUCAUCAGAAGACUUAAAAAAUGCCGUUGCUGACGUUUUAGCUGAUAGCUCAGAAACCAAUUGGUGUUUAUUCGGUUAUGAAGGUAAUGAUAAAAUCGUCUUAAGAGGUUCAGGUUCAGGUGGUCUUUCAGAAUUAAUCCCACAAUUCGAUGAUGCUGAACGUUUUUAUGCUUACGUCAGAGUUAUCUCUGGUGAUAACGAAUCUAAACGUCCAAAAUUCGUUUUCAUUUCAUUCGUUGGUGCCAACGUUGGUGCUUUAAAGAGAGCCAAAGUUUCAGUCCACAAAGCCUCAAUCAAAAAGGUCAUCACCAACUAUGGUGUUGAAUUCCACGCUGAAUCACAAGAAGAAGUCAACGAAGAAGAAAUUAUGAAAAAAGUCAAAAAAGCUUCAGGUGCUGACUACAGUGGUAACUCCAACUAAAUUAACUAGUAAACGCCAUAUGCUAAUCAUCACCUGUAUAUUGUAUAACACUUCUAUAUAAAAAUAUUAUGUGUACAAUAAAAAGGUGGUUAGGAUGCUAUAUUUAUAAAAACUAAAAACCCAAAAAUAUAUAUUUAUAAAUUCAAAAAAAAAAAGUGUAUUAUAAUAAUAAAUAAUUUAUAAUAAUAUAACAUCAAUUACAUAUAUACACUUUAAUAAUUAUUUCAUCUAUAUUUAAUAAUAUUCAAUUUCAACUUUUUUUAUUUCUUUCUUUCAAUCUUUCACUUUCUCUUUCAUAUAUAACCAUAUAUUUUUAUAUAUUUGGAAAAAAAGGAAAAAAAAAAAAUAGUUGAAAUAUUAUUUUAUAUAUUAUGUAUUUAUUAUGUAUUUAUAUCGUUUCUAUUUAUUUUAUAUUAAAAAAAAAAAAAAUAAACUUAAACUUUUUCUUUUUUUUAUAAU